AAAAGAAGAUAGAGAGAUCCAACUAAUUUGGUUGAGAUAAGAUCGAUAAUAAUAAAAGUUAGGUAAUGGUUGAGGUUAUUAUAUAUACACACCAUAUCCGUUUACGGUUUUCAGCCAGUAUUAUGAAGUCAAUGAUUUUGGAAACAUAAUACUACAAUAAUAUAUAGGGAUCAACCACGAUUCCAUAAAGAAGCUCAAGGUGGAGCUAAAAUUAAGAGCACCGGAAAAAAAGGAUCAAUUCAUCUGAUAAAAAAAAUGAAGUUGCGAAUGGCGAGAGGGGAAGUUUAUCUAAGGGUCUCAGCAAUACUGGUUUUGGUAUUAACAGCAUGUUUGGUUGCUUUAGAUACUCAAACCAAGGUUGUGUUCUUAUCUAUUGAGAAGAAGGCUACAUGCAGAGACUUGAACGCUCUCAAGAUCUUGGUGUAUGUUACAUCUGCGUCUGCUGGUUAUAAUCUGCUUCUAUUGUGCAAACACUCCAUUUGGUCUAGAAAAAACUUCAAAGGGUCUUAUCUAUGCAUGGCUUGGAUUUGUUUCUUGUUGGAUCAGAUCGCCGUGUACAUGACAUUUGCUGCAAACACUGCAGCAAUGGGAGCCGCGAUGCUAGCAAUAACUGGAUCAGAUGCCUUUCAGUGGCUAAAGGUAUGUGACAAAUUCACAAGAUUCUGCGUCCAAAUAGGAGGGGCUUUGUUAUGCGGCUAUGCAGCGUCCAUCAUAAUGGCUCUAAUAUCCACUAUCUCAGCCUACCAAGUGUUCAGGAUGUACUCGCCAAAGUGGUUCUUGCGUUUGAAGAACAUGUGAUCAUUAUCUAUCUUUUCAGCAAGGAGCAAAAAUAUGAAGAAAAGCUCGUCAAAGGGUAGUAUAGUUUUGCCUUUGUUCUCAACUGCUAUUAGGCUGAUGUAUUAUUUUCCUUCUCUUUUUUACUUGUGUGUUUCCCCCCGCCUAAAGUACUUACUCUUUGUCCAGUGAAAGAAAUUAAGCAAAAAAGAAAUAACAAAAAUAGAAUGAAAAAAAAAUUGUAUUAUUUUUAUCAAUAAAAAUAGAAGAAGAAUCUUAGUA